UCUCAGGCUUGUGAUGCAGCCUCAGAGCAGGAGCAUGGCGUUAACAGGGAGCAUCACAGCACACAGCCUCGAGGGAUGACACACCACGGAGCGACUGCAGCGCGGGUGGCUUGCUCUACUUCACAUGCACACACCACAGAGGCAGCACCGCCCAAGAAUUUGCAACAAUAAGAAUUUCAAACGAGUAACAUUCCACCAAAGGCUGGCUCCCUCUCUCACCCUCGGCAUGAUAUCUGGAGGACACAGCAGUUGCUAGCACAGGAGGGGAGGAACCGAGAGGGGCAUGCAGAGGGAGGAAGCAGAUGUAUGCCAGGAAACGCCUGCAACACGGGUAGUGUGACCAGUUUAUAGGCACAGUGAGUGGAGAGAGAGGAGGUGAGGCUAUAAACAUGACAGAACCACUUCAUCUUGAGGAGUAGCUUGCAUCCAAAAAGGUACCAACGACAACAGCAAACGAGUACAGGAGUCAAACUAACGAGAAGGCUAAUGAAAACCCAUCUACCUUCUGGCAAGUCCUAAUGGUUCAGGGGAAGAUCACACCUGCGUUACUCAGGAAGCCCAGCACAAGAGCCUUUAUUUCACACCAUUCUGUCAUCUGGAACCAGGGUUUGGUAGCACGCAGCAAACUUGACUGUCACCAUGCAGUGGAGGCGGCGCCACUGCUGCACACACAUCGCUGGCCUGCUGUCUCUCCUCUCACUCCUGGGGGUUCUGCUCAUCCUGGGUCAUCAGGAUCUGCUGCCAGGACUGACUGGUUCGAUGUGGUGGAAAGACUACCCUGUGGUGGACUCGGAAGGCAGGGGACCCCACACCAGUGCCAGAGGAAACCACAGCUCCAAACAGACUCUGUGGAGGGGUGUUCUGGAACUGCCUGCGGGCCCAAAGACUGGCACCAGUUCCAGCCUCCAUCAGGAGGACUUCUCUCCUCAGGGGGUGACAGGACCAGACAGCAAUGCUAGCAGCAGAGAACAAGCUCUGGGAGACCUGCUGAUCUCUGAGCCCUGUCCUUACAUUAUCAAUGAGCCUGAGAAGUGCCCAGAUGGACAGCCGGACCCCUUUCUCGUGCUGCUGAUAGCUACGGAGAUCCAGCAGGUUGAGGCCCGAGAUGCCAUCCGGCAGACCUGGGGGAACCAGAGCGUGGCUCCAGGGCUGGGUUUCGUACGCCUCUUCCUGCUGGGGGUACGAGAAGGAGAGCUGGGCCGCCAGCUGCAGAGCCGCCUGGAGGCAGAAAGCCGGCAACACCACGACAUCAUCCAGCAGGACUUCUUGGACACGUAUAACAACCUGACCAUCAAGACCCUCAUGGGAAUGCACUGGGUUGCCACGCACUGUCCACACGCCAGCUACAUCAUGAAGACGGACAGCGACAUGUUUGUCAACACAGACUAUCUCAUCCACAAGCUGCUGCGACCAGAGCUGAAGCCCAAGAAGGGUUACUUCACAGGCUACCUCAUGAGGGGCUACACGCCCAACCGUAACAACAACAGCAAGUGGUACAUGUCCCCCGAGCUUUACCCUAGCAAGAAGUACCCCACCUUCUGCUCAGGCACAGGGUAUGUUUUCUCGGGGGACUUGGCAGGGCGGAUUUACAGGGUGUCGCAGGGAAUCCGACGGCUGCACCUCGAGGACGUCUACGUGGGCGUCUGCCUGGCCAAGCUGCGGGUUGAGCCCACACCUCCGCCCAACGAGUUCCUGUUCAACCACUGGCGGGUGUCCUACUCCAGCUGCAAGUACAGCCACCUCAUCACCUCGCACCAGUUCCAACCCAGUGAACUGCUGAAGUACUGGCACCACUUGCAGAACAACAAACACAACGCUUGCAUCAACUCGUCGAAUGACAAGCUGGGCAGGUUACACAAGAGUCCACCUCAGGGCGAAAAGCUCUCUAAACUAUAGACAACAGGACAAUGUGGGGCCCAAGUUUUGGGAGAUAUAAGUGCCAUAGGGGUCUGAACAAGUUAAUACCCCAUUUGAACAUCCACAAGUCUAAAUAAAAAGGUAUUGUAUAAAGCACCAGCUUGGUUCAUGUAAUUUGAAAGCAUGGAUCUCAAUUUAGAAAGAGACUGUCAAAGUAAGAAAUGAGUGCUGGCUAGAAAAGCUGUGUAACUUUUUGAAAAUGUGAAUAUUUGGUAUACCGUAGCAUCCAAGUUUGUUCCAUGAGUUGAUGUUAUAUGAAAAUACAAUAGAUAUUGUUGAUGUAUUUAUUAGGUUAACUUGAUCAGAAAAUUAAGGAUUGGAAUUCAGACCUGAAAAGACAGGAAGUUACUUUCCCCCCUAUUUUACACCCUUUUAAACCUCACAUGGUGAGAUGAAAGUCUUUUACACAUCCUGAUUUACAAGUAUGUUGGAGACUCAACAAAUGUUAAAUAUUUUUUAUUGUAUCUAUAUUAUUGUUCUUCAGCCUUAAACCUGCAUCACAGGUAAAAUAGCACAGUACUCUACAGUAUGUGAUUUUAGAAUUAGAAGCUUCCAUCUGUGCUUGGUCCAGUUCUAGAUCAAGAUAUUGAGCCUCAUGUCCCAAAGUGUCUGUUUCCCAGAGCCACGCAUGUCAGAAUACAGUCCUCAGGGUGACUGUCUAAUUAGUUGAUGACUAAUCUGGAUAAUAUUGAUCCUAAAUUUAAACAAAAAUCAUAUGAUCAUUUAUGAUAAAAAUAUAAAUCAGAAUAUCCAAGAAAUUAUCUCACCAAUAAUCAUUUAGUACAAGUAAUUAAUAUAGUGGGAAGAUAAUUUACAAAUAUCACAGAAUUUUGACAAUCUGCAUUUUAGGCAAGCAAAGAAAAAAGGGAUUGAAAAAGUAAUGGAAAGGGAAAUGAAUCAGUUCUAAUUUGUGUCAAAAAACGUUGAUGCUCAA